UCUUUUUUAAAUGCCAGGGGAAGUGCUUCUGCUGCACGUGCAGGCAUUUCCUGGGAGUGUUCGCCAGUGAAAGGCACUUUGGUACAAAGGACUCGGGGCUCAUCCUGACAUCACCCCAAUGCUAACAGGAGGCCCCAGCCUGGGUGCAGUAAAAAGGAGAGACGUUAUGCAGGUGAGGAGGCCCGGGCUCUGCCGCGCUGACCCCGCCCCGCGGGCGCUGUGACCAGACUCCCCGUGGACGCUGCGGCCCUCGCGUGGCUUCGAGGACCCGGGGAUGCUACUCAGGGAAGAAGGUACCUCGGGCGGAAAGCACAGCGAGGACGAGGGGUGAGGCCGAUGGAGCGCGCAGAUGUGCCCCUGCCAGGCGGGGGAGCCAUGGACGCGGGCGACACGCUGGUCCUGGGCACCGUCUUCGCCAGCCUGUGCGCCUUCCAGCUCCUCUUCCACUUCGUCAGCUACUGGUUUUCCACGAGGGUGUCUCCGGGCUUCAACAGCCUCAGCUCCGAGAAGAAGAUCGAAUGGAACUCAAGGGUGGUCUCCACCUGCCAUUCCAUGGUGGUCGGGGUUCUGAGCCUGUCCGUGUCCUUGUUCGACGAGGCCGCCAUGGCGGACCCACUCUGGGGCGACUCGCUGCUGGCGAAAGUGAACGUGGCUAUUGCUUCCGGCUACCUC